CCCAACCUCAAAGAAGCGACGGUCCGGGAAAAAAUACAAAAAAAAAAAAAAAAUGAAAAUCUUAUCUAUAUCCCUUGUUCUUCAUCUUCUUCUCCUCCAAGUCUCCAACACUUCAGCCACGAACCAAACCACAAAUAAUCCAAACCAAACCGACGUAGAUUACAUCAAAACAUCAUGCAACGUAGCCCUAUACCAAACCCUGUGCUACUCUUCUUUAUACCCUUACGCCUCUCUGAUCGCUUCGAGCCCCGAUAAACUCGCCAUUACCGCCCUCAAUCUCACGCUGUCGGAGACGAAAUCCUCCCGAAAAUUCGUCAAAUUCAUCUCCCAUCGCCGUCAAGGAAGCCUCACGCCUAGAGAGGCUUCGUCCCUAAAGGAUUGCAUCGAGGAGAUGAGUGAUUCGGUCUACGAGCUCAAAGAUUCGAUUAGCGAGAUGAAGGCCAUAAACUACUCGAGCUUCGAGAUGGUUAUGUCGGACGUUCAGACAUGGGUUAGCGCCGCUCUGACGGACGAGGACACUUGCAUGGACGGUUUCGAAGAAGCUGGUGGCGGUGGUGGAGGAGAAGCGAGACGAGAGGUUAAGGAUUUGGUACGUAAACGUAUAGACCGAGUUGCUCGUAUCACGAGUAAUGCACUCGCUCUCGUCAAUAUGUACGCCUCCACCCACCGAAACUGAUCAUUUUUUACGUACCAUCAAAUGAUAUAUAAAUUUUUUUAUAGAACAGUUGUAUACUAUAUGUUGAAUCCCCAUUUGUGAAACAAGUUUGUGUGUAUGUCCGUCCGUACUAUGAGUCUAUAUGGUUGUGUAAUUUCGUGCUUUUUUUUAGUUGUAUUCGGAGAUUUAUGUUUUAAAAUGUUUGUAAACUACAUGGGGAUCCAAUCGGGGUAAGCCAAAUGGCGUAAGUGGUGGAAUGGCCGUUGGGGAGGAAGAAUGUAAUUUAAUUGCAAUAAAAUUGUUUUCGAUUCAAGAUAUA